UGAAAACACGUCGGAGAGAGAAUGAGAGCUGACGUGCCCUACCGCAUCCGCCAGUGCUCCGACUGAAGCCGAUAAAAAAUGCAUCAGCUCCCGCUGGGCGCAUUCUGUAAGAUCAGGCCCUGUCACUUUAGAUGUAGCCACGCCAAAGAACAACAUCGCUGGAAGGGAUCAGCAGACUGCCUGCUGAACUCCUCCAAGCGUGCAGGUCUCUAUCAGCCUCCCUCAGACAUGCCCAGACAUGCCUGGAACCAAGCAUAACUCACCAGACGGACAGGCUCAAAACCUGGAAAACAAGGCUGACAGUUAACGGAGCUGUUCAGCAUCUGGGGAAAAAAAACAGCCUUCUGGCGCUUGUGACUUCAGAAAGGUGGGUCUGAGAGGUUGCCAUGGCGACACAGCAGCUGCUCCUGUCCCAGGAGGUCCUGGCCCAGUUUAACCACGCCCAGUCCGGCGAAGCGGGAGCGUUGCUGAGGCGACGGAUGGGGUCCAUCUCCAUCCGUCGGAGCUCCCAAUCCGGGGACCUGCACCACCCCAAACCCCCCCCACAACUGCUGCUCAAGGGCUCCGAGCCCAGUGUCUGGCCCCCCGGGAUAUCGCGCCAGAACUCUGUCUUCAGCAACCCUAACUCACCAUUCGUCCGCAGGGAGUCCCUCCCCCAGGGCAAGCGGCUCUCAUUCGCUGCCUGGGCUCCCAGUGGGCAGGUCAGCUUUUCAGGCCUGCCCCUCCUGCAGCCCCCGCUAGAGAUCUCUCUGGAGAACACCUACCGGACCGGGCCGGACGAAGGCUCUCGAUUCGACUCCAACCGGGUCCAGCGGAUCCUGCAGGAUGCCCUGAACGGCUACCUGGGUGACGCACGGUACCACGCGGCCACAGGGGCCCAGCUGAGCCAGAACCUCUCCGACCUGGUCCGGGGGAAAGCCAGGGAGGUGACGCCCGAACGCUACAAGCUGGUCUGCCUGGUCGUCCUGGGCCAGCCUGGAAACCAGGGCCUCCAGGUGGCCAGCAGGUGCCUGUGGGAUACGGAGAACGACAGCAGCGCUGUGGCAGUUUUCCGAAAUCCUUCCGUAUUCGCCAUCGCCGUGGUCCAUGGAGUGUACCGCGAGUAA